AUGAUGCAAGGAGCUAUUGAAUUUUUGUUAGGAAACUCAAAAGAAGCAAAAAUUUUGAGGGAAAAUUUUAUUUUCAGAAUUAUCCCAAUGCUGAACCCUGAUGGAGUUAUUUAUGGGAACUAUAGGACUUCUCUGUUAGGAGUGGAUUUAAAUAGGAGAUGGCAAUUUCCCAAUAAGCAUUUGCAUCCUACUAUUUAUUAUGCGAAGAGGUUUAUCAAGAUGUUUUCUGAAGAUCAUGAAUUGGUGCUUUAUUUAGAUAUGCAUGGUCACUCAAUGAAAAAAAAUGUAUUUAUGUAUUGCUGUUGUAGUCAAGGCAAAGAAAUGGAGGACCGCAAAACUAAUGUACUUAUAAAGCUCGUUCCUUUGUUGCUUUCAGAAAAAAAUAAAAUUUUUUCAUUUAAAGAUUCUAAAUUCAGGAUGGAGAAAAGUAAAGAGUCGACAUCACGAAUUGUUCUUUUUAAAGAGUUACAUUUAUUAAAUAGCUAUACAUUAGAAAGCUCUUUCUAUGGCCCAAGUCACCGAGCUCGACUAGAAAAUAGAGAGCCUGAAGAAAAUGAGCCUGAAGGAGAUGCACAUAUGGACCGCCAGCAUCUUAAAAACCUUGGUGCAGAUACCUGCAAAGUCUGCCUAAUAUACUGCAAUCCUCUUCUUUUCAAGAAAAAAAUACAAACAAUUUUAAACAAAUUCAGAAAAAAGCCUCAGCCUUUCCACUUCUCCCAGCGAAAAAUUAAUAAGAGCUUAAAGGAGCUAGAAUCAAGUGAUGAAAAAGAUAGCUCAGACACUGAAAAUGAAGAAGAAAAUAUUGAAAAUAUUGAGGAAAUUGAAGAAGACUUCCACCUAGACGAAGCAUUAAAAGUAAUUGAAGGAAAUGAAUCAUUGAUGGACAUUGAACAACUUUGGAAAAUAGAUGAAGUAAGCAGCUCUGAUUCUUCUCAAUCAGAAAAUGAAAAUGAGGAGACAAAGAGGGAUCUUUCUAACGAAAUCAGGCUAAAAAGAAGGAAAAACACCAAAAGAACUUCAAGAUCUCCUAAAAAGCAUCAAACUAGUUCUGUGCCGAGACCAAAGCAAUGUUCUCAUCUGCCCAGAAUUAAUCCUUUAAGACCAGUUACUAUUAUAGAGAGAAAGCCAAUACAAGAAGUUUUGGAGCAUAACUUAGACAGCAUUUACAAUUUAUGUAAUUUUUAUAUAGUGCAAUCUUGGGACAAGCAGACUAUGAAAGCAAAUGAUUUCUUCAGGCAGCCGAAGAGAAAUUUGCAUGAAAUUAGUGAUGACAGGGAUUUUGAUUAUCUUAAAACGCUAACUCCCCAGUUUUAAAUUGGAACAAAACAUCAGUAAAAUUUGCAUUUUUAGGGACUUUAACCCUCCUUUAAAAAUGGAAUUAAAUUUGUUUUUCGAUAGGAAAAUUUAUUGAUGAAAGUACUAAUUUUUUAAAAAUUAGCUUUGACCUAAUUUAAUAGAUAAAAAUGCUAGUAGAAUGCUACUUUUAAUUGUUCUCUCGCUGAAUCGAUUAAUUUUUUAUCAAAAUAAAUUAAAAUUAUUGUGCUCAAUUUAUAUAUUUUUUUAAAUUUUAAAAAAAACAUUUAUAGAGAAAAUAUUGAAUAUAAAUUUUAUUUUUAAAAACAAAUUCCAACCCCUUAAUUUGGAAAAGAAUUUUGUCCCAAUUUAAAGGAGGGAGUAAGUACAAAGGCAAAACUUCCAGACUCGCCAAAUGAUUAUUUUAAAAUUACAUCAGCAAAUUUUUUCAAAAAACCACCAUCCAGAAAAGGGGUAAGAAGUUUGUCAAGAAGGGAAGAAAUCCAAGUGCAAAAAUUUAAAAAUGGGAUGAGACCUUUGGACAUCCGAAAAGAAAACCCAUAUGAUCCUAUGCCGCUGUCUGCAUUCAGCUAUCAUUCAGAUAUCAAUUUGACUAAAAAAUACAAAUAA